AUGGCUCCCAGGAAUGUUGCUGUUGUCCGAGGAAAGAAGAGGAUGCUUUCUAUGGAAACGAAGCUGGAGAUAAUAAAGAAGUAUGAGGAUGGCAUACGAUUGAGUGUUAUCGCGAGGAAGUACGGCCGAAAUACGUCUACGAUAAGCACUAUUGUGAAAAUGAAGGACGCCAUCAAAGCAGCAAGACCUUCUAAGGGCGUGACUAUCCUUUCAAGCAAGAGGAGUCAGUUUCAUGAUGAGAUGGAGAGACGUCUUCUAGUCUGGAUUAAGGAAAAGAAAAUCGCCGGUGACAAGAUCAUCGACACGGCAGUCUGCCUCAAGGCCAGCGCCAUUUUCGAUCAUCUCGUGCACGAUGCGGGCGAAGGGACAUCGUGGCAUGCACCCCCAAAAUUCAAGGCUUCACGUGGGUGGCUUGAAAAAUUCAAGAAACGGACUGGCAUCCAUCCGGCGGAAGUGCAGCCAGCCAGCUCACGGGAUAAAUCCACCAGUGGUACCCUCAUUGGUCAAUCUCACGCUGGGAGCAAAUCACAUGCCUUGCUUGAGUGCCCGUGGAUUAAAGAGGAAUCUGAGACUUACCCUACGUUUCGGAUUGGCUUCAUUGGCGCAGGAAACAUGGCUUUUGGCAUUGUGAAGGGCAUCUUGUCUGGGAAUGUUCUUCCUACAAAUGUCAAAGUGAGUGCACCAUCUCAGAGGAACCUUGGACGCUUUCAGGAGCUGAACAUUUCAACAACUCAUUCCAACACAGAUGUUGCCAGCAGUUCAGAUGUUAUCUUUGUAGCGGUCAAACCUCAUCUAGUUCCAACUAUUCUCAGUGAGAUCUCGCAGCACAUCACGGACAGACACAUAAUUGUGUCCGUCGCAGCAGGAGUUACUCUAGCAACAUUAGAGGAGCUCCUGCCACCUGGUUCACGUGUCAUCAGGUUGAUGCCAAAUCUACCAUGUGUGGUUCUUCAAGGUGCACUCUUAUUUGCACGGGGGACUCAUGCUAAACAAGAGCAUGGUGCCCUUUUACACUCCUUGUUGCAUUGCUGUGGUUUGGUGGAGGAAGGACCUGAGGCCUGGAUUGACAUCCAUACUGGACUAAGCGGGAGUGGAGUUGCUUUUGUAUACCUGUUUGCAGAGGCGCUGGCAGAAGGAGCAGUUAAAAUGGGCAUGCCCAGUGCUCUAGCCCACAGGAUUGCAUCGCAAACUGUUCUGGGUGCUGGUCAUUUAUUACGUGACUCGAAUAAGCAUCCAGCUCAGCUUCGUUCUGAGGUCUGCACCCCAGGUGGGACAACCAUCUAUGGACUUCACGCUCUGGAACAAGGAGGUGUGAGAGCAUCAACCAUGACUGCUGUGGAAUCUGCAACUGAGAGAGCAAGGGAGCUCGGCCGAAAGUCUGCAGCACUAGAAAGUAUGAAAUAG